AAACCUUUGAAAUGCUUAUCAGACUGGCUGAGAAUUACACAAGCACACUUUUCUGCGAUGCGUAUAGAAACAUGGCUGCUGAGGCUACUACACGUGUUCAGGAGUUUUUCACAGAUGUUGGACUCUUCGUAUUUGGCACAGACAUUAGCACAGAGGAAUUCGUCAACAGAUUUUUUGACACCCUGUUCCCAGUAGUCUACAACCACGUGAUUAACCCUGGUCUGACUGACAUUUCGCUGGAAUACGCAGAGUGUCUCCGAAUGGCGAGAAGGGACAUCAGGCCCUUUGGUAACGUUCCCAAAAAGGCCGUAGGACAGAUGGGAAGAUCACUGUUACCCAGCCGGACUUUCUUGCAGGCUCUGAAUCUGGGGAUUGAAGUGAUCAAUACGACAGAUCAUCUGCAUUUCUCUAAAGACUGCAGCAGAGCUUUACUGAGAAUGCAGUACUGCCCUCAUUGCCAAGGGCUGACUUUAAGUAAGCCCUGCAUGGGCUACUGCCUCAAUGUCAUCCGGGGCUGCUUGGCUAACGUGGCAGAAGUUGAUCUUCAUUGGCGGGGAUAUAUCCAGUCCCUGGAGGAGCUCUCGAGUGCCAUGAGUGGAACAUACGACAUUGAGCAUGUGCUUCUCAACUUUCAUUCACUUGUUAAUGAUGCUCUCCUACAGGCUCGUGUCAGUGGGCCAGAAUUGUCUGAGCAGGUGAAGAAGGUAUGUGGUCCUCCUGUAAGGAAGCCUACGCAGUCUUCAGGUUGCUCCUUUGAUCAGAACAAAAAUAGUCAAAGGUUGAAGAUGUUCACAAGAGACAGUGAAGAAACUCUCGCCAACAGAAGAAA